GGGGAGGAGUGGUAGUGCCUCCUCCUUGCCUACUGGGCUUCGGUGCGGGAAAGAAGUUACUGGAGGACUGGUCCAGGGAAGAUGUUGCGCUCUGCGUUGUUGUGUUAGCUGUGAGAGACACUCGGCUGACAGUGGUGGAAGGAAGGCGGGCAGGAAGGAAGAAGGCUUGUUGGAGAUCAGCAACAAAUAGGUCCAGAAUCCGGAGGCUGGAAGAACAGUGGCACACCAAUGUAUUCAAAGAGCAGCAGGUGAAGACCCGCGCCAUGGACUCUGUAGCAGCAGAAGCAGAAGGAUGCCCUUCGGACCAAGGGCCUCCUCAGACAGCCAUUCCCCGUUGGCUUCUCUUCGUCUGCAUAUGCAUUUGUCUUCCACGCGAGUCGUUGCAAGGGCCCCAUGAGAAGCGACUGCUGCACACGCUUCUGGAUCAUUACAACGUCCUGGAACGACCCGUAGCAAACGAGUCUGACCCUCUACAGCUCAGCUUCGGCCUCACACUUAUGCAGAUCAUUGACGUGGAUGAGAAGAAUCAGCUACUAAUAACAAACAUAUGGUUAAAACUGGAAUGGAACGAUGUAAAUUUACGGUGGAACUCCUCGGAGUACGGUGGAGUCAAGGAUCUAAGAAUACCUCCACAUCGGAUAUGGAAGCCCGACGUACUCAUGUAUAACAGUGCUGAUGAGGGUUUCGACGGGACGUAUCCGACAAACGUUGUGGUCAGAAAUAACGGUAGCUGCUUGUACGUUCCACCGGGCAUCUUCAAGAGCACAUGCAAGAUAGACAUUACGUGGUUCCCCUUUGAUGAUCAGCGCUGUGAGAUGAAGUUUGGUAGCUGGACCUAUGAUGGCUUUCAGUUGGACCUACAGUUACAGGAUGAUAGUGGAGGAGACAUCAGUAGCUUCAUUACAAACGGUGAAUGGGACCUUUUAGGUGUUCCCGGGAAACGGAACGAAAUUUAUUACAACUGCUGUCCCGAACCAUAUAUAGAUAUAACUUUUAUCAUUAUCAUUCGCCGCCGGACACUGUACUAUUUCUUCAACCUUAUAGUUCCAUGUGUACUCAUCGCCUCGAUGGCUGUUCUGGGCUUUACACUGCCACCGGAUUCAGGCGAAAAGCUAUCUUUAGGCAUGCCUGGAGAAAAGAACGUAAAAGAAUAUGCUUGCUGUCCAGAGCCCUACGUAGACAUUACUUUCGCCGUGCAUAUUCGGCGACGGACUCUAUUUUACACGGUGAAUUUGAUCGUUCCUUGCGUUAUGAUCUCAUCUAUGACACUCCUUGGGUUCACUUUACCACACGAGUGUGGAGAGAAACUGACAUUAGGUGUCACAAUUCUUCUCUCUCUGACUGUAUUCCUAAACAUGGUGGCGGAGACGAUGCCUGCUACAUCUGAUGCCGUCCCUUUAUUAGAUGUCACCGUUCUUCUUUCGUUAACGUUUUUCCUAAACAUGGUAGCCGAAACUAUGCCUCCAACAUCUGAAAGACCCCUAAUAGGUACUUAUUUCAACUGCAUUAUGUUUAUGGUGGCUUCCUCAGUAGUUUCAACUAUUUUGAUUCUUAACUACCAUCAUAGAAAUGCAGACACACACGAAAUGUCUCCUUGGAUAAAAGCGAUCUUCUUACACUGGCUGCCUUGUAUACUGAGGAUGAGUCGCCCAGGGGCGGAAUCGGAUUCUUCUCGGAAGACAGCGCAGAAGCGCGAGAUGGAAUUGAAGGAGCGAUCUUCCAAGAGUCUUCUCGCCAAUGUGUUGGACAUCGACGAUGAUUUCAGACACCACCCUGGGGCCCUGCAGACAUCGAGCGCUGUUUCUGCAACGGGAUACCUUCGAGGUUCCCACGCGCACCACGACGAUGGAGGGGGCGGUGGUGGAACUCUCCUACAUGGGGGCAGUGGGAAUUCUUCUACGUGCCUCGGCCCUCACCGAGAACUUACCCUGAUCCUCAAGGAACUCCGCGUGAUCACAGACAAGUUGAGAAAAGAGGAUGAGGCCGCAGAAGUGACGAACGACUGGAAAUUCGCCGCCAUGGUGGUUGACAGAUUGUGCCUCAUUAUCUUCACGCUGUUCACAGUAAUUGCAACAAUUGCCGUGCUGUUCUCGGCGCCACACAUCAUCGUGACAUAAUCGCCGUUUGUUAUCUUUAUUCAUUAUUGUAUAAUAUUGGUAAAUUUGUGCAUCCCUGACAGGUUAGCAUCACACCAAAUCAAGUAGGGACUCGUGGUGCUAAGACCUGACUCGACUUGACUCACGAAACGGACGACAGAUGACUCUGACCGGUAGGGGAUAACAAGAUAUCUUAGAAAUAAAUAGCUAGAAAUUGAAACUAGAGGGGAGAUAUUUAUAAAACAGAUGACUAUCAACUUGCGCGAUACAACGAUUGGUUGUAUUGUUAGCUACAAUCCAGUGACUUGUUCGUAGUUAUUAUAUAAAUAAAUUAUUAAUGUGUCACCACUUUAUAAGAGAAAAAGUGUGUGGUUUUCACGAAUCGCAAUACAAUAAAUUUAGGUUGUAUUGUUCGUAUUUCUCGAGAACACACAAUACAAUAACUAGAUAUUGUUGAGCUUUGAGAAUUUUGGUUGUGAAUAAAUGGUUGAUUGUUCUUUUACAUUUUAUGAACGGGUUAUCAGAUGAUUCUUCCGCGCAUUUAUAUUGCUAAUAACAAGUACGGACAAUGUUAACUGAAUCUUUUUUGUGAGGCUAUUCAAUCGAGUCAUCGUUUUGAUGACUUUUUUAAUAGAUACGUUUUUUAUUGAAACAAUGAACUAGGAAUUGGUAUUUCAUAUAAGUACCAGAACAAGUUAGUAGGACGAUUCGUAGCCGAUGUUUACAUUGUAAUUGAACAUCACAGUCUGUAGUUACGCUGUAGAGACAUGCAUUAUAAAGUUGUUCACAUUUUUUGUAAUGAGAGUGAAUCUGAUAUUUAACUACACAUACCGUCAAGCUAAAUGUGAAUCAGAGUGGUUAAUAAUUUAAAUAAUUACAGUUUCAAACACGCGCUGAAUGACGUUUACCGAUAUGUGUACAAGUCAGACAAGUUACUGAUCAUUCGUGGAAUUACGUACAGACAAUAGAUCUAACCUAUCAAGUUUUCAUUGUGCCUAUCAUAUUCAGAGGUAACACGCAGUGCAACAGUGUUUUGUCAUUUUAUAUUAUACUGACGAAGUCAUCUUGUCUUCAAGUAAUCAUUAAAGUCAUCUUCUACCAGAGUAAGUUCUGUCUUACGUAUUGUUUUAGAUCGGCUUGGUAUUAUAAAAAGUAAGGUUAUGUUACAUGUUUUAAUUCAUAUCCACAUAUUUCUCAUCUGUUGAGAAAGAAUCCAAUGUAGCAAUGACUAUCACAAAGUGACUUUGUUCCAUGAAGCAUGAAUACUAAACUGGAAUAUGCAGUAGCAUGUAGUGUCGUGGUGAAGUCCUGAGUAAUUUUUAGGUUAGGUUUAAAGUGAAUCUUUGAUCGUCAUCGAAUAAAACAUGAGUAUUGAACUGCACAGGCCAAUGAAUCGAGCCUCGUUAGCCCACGACUUAUUUUACUAAUCUAUUACGCUGAACAGAGGGAUAAAUGCGAAAUGCUCAUUAUAUUAAACGUUGAUGCUGAAACAAUACUAAAUAGGAAGUCUGCAAGUGAAAAUCUGCCCUUUAUUUCCAUAUAAAUAGUAUCGUAAUAUAUUCCUGUGCCAAAAGUUAAAUGAAAAUUAAUUUCUCAUUUAUGGUGACCCACGCUCAAUGUAUGAUAUCUUUAGAAAGUGAUACAUGUAGUUACUUCUAAAGCAUAGUAUUUAAUUUUAUUAUUAAACAAUUAAAAACAGUAAAGGCACUGGUAAAGCUAUAUAGGAAUAACAGAAAGAUAAAUGUAUUUCUAACCUAUCAGUGGCGGUGUUAUAGGUGAUCAGUAGAAAAUUGUAAAUGUCUGUGUCUUAUAUGAGAAUUCCAAUGUUUAACCUGGAAAUUUUAAUCUGAAAUUAUGUCUUCAAAAGAAGUGUCUUAACAGGCAAUGGUCUGUGAAUGACCAAAAUGUCACCAGACAGUCCUGUCGCUUAACAAAAAUGAUCUAAAUGGAUCUAAAUGGGAAUUGGGGAUUUUUCUAUGCCCUUCUGUAGACAAAUGGCUAGUUAAUUUGGGCAGUCUAAAGAACAAAGUGAGAUUUCAGGUUCUUAUGGCAACAGUCUUGAAGACAGGUGUCUUCACGGAUGUUUGACAGGCAGUAUGAUAAUGAUGGAGGCAGUAACCCCCUCUGAGACAUAUGUUUGAAUCUACCAGACCACGUCUUACAUAAUCCCAUGGUAAAAUCACUUUAAUCUAUUGUCCAUAUGCUUUUUCUUAAAAUAAUGUUCUGUGUACCCACUAUUGUAGUUUAAGAUUUGCCGUAAUUGUUUCCUGAAGUUGUCCGACACUCACUGCAAUAAACUUCUAUCAGUUCUUUUGACAUCUUCCAUAAUUCGAUUUUUUUAGAAUUUCAGUUGAAUGAGCAUAAUUUUAAACACCUUGGUCCUUUGGUAGUCUAAGAAGUCGAGAGCUAGGUGUUUAGCAAAGAGACUGUGCUGAUCUCCAAAUUUUGAAAUCAGAUGGCAUGGAAACUUUCUCUACAAAGUACUAAUUAUAUCUCUUGUAUUGACAAUAAACUGCUUUAAAUAAAUUUCCUAAUAAUUUUUUUAAAAUUUAUUAGCCAUUUGCCUUCAGUAGAUCACUGGGAAAUACUCUGUUUCAUUGGAAGAUUCUUUAUAUCCACCUGUUAAAGUAAAUUAGUGUAGCUUUAGUUAAUUAAAUUUUACCCUAACACACGCAGUCCAAAUAUUUAUUUUGUCAAUUUAUUUAUUUUACAGUUCCACAUUUUUGUACCAUUUUUUUAAGAGUUUUAUCAUAUAAUGCAGUCUUCAAAGUACAUAUGUAUGUAGUUAUGUGCUUUGAAAACACUUAUAUAAACUGAUAAAGAAGAGAGAUAAUACAUGGGAACACAAAAAUAGAUUUUACCACUUAUAUUCAAAAUUGUGAAUAAAUUUGGGUUAUUAAUUAAUUAAAUAAAUCCAAGAUUAAAAAAAUUGCUUGAUGCAUGAUUUAUAUCCCCUUUGGUAACGUGGUAGAUCUAGAUGAUAAUGUAUGUCAAAAUCUAGAGUAUAAAAGCUAAUAAGCUUGUAUGUUUCAGGAACAAUCAUCGUAGUAUUCAACAAAUCCAGUAACUUCAAUAUAAAACUAUAAACAUAAGCAUGAUAAUAUAUUACAUGGAAGUCAUAAAGAUUUUGAAAUGAAACAUUGAACACAGUCAAGCGUAACAAAAAGCAAUUAGGCUCUAUGUCACGUUUUACUAAAGACAAAAUAUAUAAUUCAAUUGAAUUUGUAUAUCCUAAUAUUUCUAGAGAAAUUUACAUUAUAAUUGGUGAUAUUUCCAUUAUAAAUUGUGAAAUUACUUUUGAACUACAUAUAUUGACAUUCUAUAAAUGAUCAUAUUUAAAUCAACAAAAAAUAAUUUUUUUUGUGAUGUAGUUACAUUAUCACUAACAGAUUUGUCAAUUUUAUUAAUAUCUUCCAUUAAGCAUUUAUUAUAAUGAGAUACUCCCUUGUGUAGUGAAACAGGAUACGGGUUGGGAUCAUGUUCCCCUGACCAUAAGUAUUUACUAGUGACCAUAUAUACAUGAAAAUAAAUUAAUUUCGGGCUGUGAAAAGCACAAUUAUCUGACACCGAGUAUCUUGCCACUUUUGGGACUUUAAUAUAUUUAAAGUAGGUAUUUUCUUUACUCUCUAAAUAGAAAGGAAGAACAAAAUUCAGAAUAAAAUUUUGAUCUAUCCAAGACAAUCAGCAGAGUAUUUAAGGAAAAUAUGUUAAAGGUCAUAAUUACCAUUCAGACUCAAUAAUUAGAAUACUCACCACAGACUUGUUAGAUAUUUAUUUAAAUUUAGGUUUUGUAACACCCAUACCACCGCCCCAAAAAUUAAUUUUAUUGUUUGCUUUAUCUAGUAAAUGGAAGGACCAAUUCAAAUCCUUAACCGAAUAAAUUGUAGCUGAAAUAACUCAUAUUCAGACAGAUAAAUUCAAUCCACAUCCUUACGCCAUUUUCUUUACACAUUUGUUUUAAUAUUAUGUUUAUAUCCGCUUCUAGGUUUUUAAUAUAAAAGUACUGUAUAAACCCAAGCAAAUAUUUAAUAUAUUUACAGAUUACUAAAAUGAAAAUAAGUUCUGAAACAAAGUUACUUCAAUUUUCAAUAGCCUGAUGGAUUCAAAAGUUCUUCUGUAAUUAUUUGUAGUUUUGAAGGUUUACUUCAGUUCUUCCAACUGAAUACCAGAAUACAAGUUUGAAUUAUAAAUUAAAACUCUUUUUCAACAUUUCCUCCCACUUCAUUAAUCAUUAUGAGUUUUUCAUCCAUCCGGUCCCUUAGCUUCAUAAAUGGAAAACAUGUAUCAACAAUUUAUAUGGCAACAAACUUUCUAAUCAACCCAAAGUACUUAAAAUCUUGGAGAUGUGCCUGAUUAUGAGGCACUUUGAUUACAUUAUUAAAUAUAUCAAUAAAACGUUACAUUGAUAGCGGUAUUUAUUUUUCAAAGGAUAUUUCUGGGCUGUAUAAAUAUGAGUUAUUCAGUCUAUAAUUAAGGUCCUUUUGAAGCAAGGAGCAAAAUUAAAGUUGGGAACUAUAAUAUAUUACAUAAUAAUAAUUAGAAUUUUUUACUCAAUGCAUUUUAAUGUGUAAACUCUUUCACAUUUCUAACGUUAAAUGUGUUACAUAAGGGCGCUAUAUAUUAGAAUCUCUAUUUCUGUGCCAAAUUGUGUGCUGAAUAAUACAUUCAGGCAUCUGAAUAUUAAGAUUUUGGCUAUAUUCAUAAUGUAUUCAAAUACAAUUAACAUACUGCAACUAUGAAAACAUGGACAAUUUACCCUUCUUUACUUACAACAGUCAGUAUAUUAUUCGUGUCUGCUCCGCGACAGUAGUAGCCAAACACGAUCUGAAUUACUUGUCUAGCGACAGGCAUGCAUUAUAACUGUGCCAUAAUACAUUUGGUCAUAUCACAAUUAUCAGCAUAUCAUAGAUUGUAUCCUGUUCCAAUUAGUUCAAAUUUGAGCAUAGGUGUUGUAAAAUUAUUGUAAAAUUCAAUUACAUUCUAGAUUGAUAUUUUCUAGUAUGCAUAUUGAUUCAAAAUCACAAAGGAUCAUUGUUAAAUUUAGUUAUGUUAUGCCCCAAACCAUAUGUUCAAGUAUACAUGAUGCCACAGAAAUAAAGUAAAUUUCUUUUUUUCUUGCUGUCAAAAUGUUGAGAUUUCAGAAAAAUAUUAUUGGUUGACAUGACAGUUUUCUUUUGAUGCAAGUUUGAUCCUCUCUUAUAGGAGUAAUUCUACUAUUAUGAUGGAACGUAGUUGGUUCUGACAAAUUUCAUAACGCGUAUGUCUAAAUUUUGCGAAGAUCUAUCGCAUGCACACAAACUGUUUCCAUUCAUCUCAAUCUUUGGAAUCUUAUUAACUAUAAAUUCCAUCUGUUCACUAUUCCAUUAUGGAAUGCUAAUAUCACCUCUACUAAAGAUGAAUUACGCCCUUUUUUAUUCGUGAAGGCACACAUUCAAAGGCAUUUUAUCGACACAUUGAAAUAGCGAAUGCUAAAGGUUACUUUUUUGUUGUCGCUUGUGGUCUUCUCAGCUGUGAUGCCAUGUACCAACAUUCUGGAGAAAGCUGAAGAUAUUUGGGAUAUAAAAUGAAAUUGAUACGUUCCUCCAAAAACACCAGAGCCGUACUGCAACGACUCAGAAAACUACGAUUAUGAUUUUGAAUGCUUUGAAACACUCACAUUUCAUAUGUUUUCAUUUAAUGUUGUUGUAUAAUUUACAUUAUAUUUAAUAAGUUCUACUAACAAUGAUUAUGCCCUUUUCUGCCAAAUCUUAGUAUUACAGACCAUAAGAAUUGCUCGUCGGAUAGGGAGAGAGGUCAUAUCCCAGAUUAGAAGGGGAAGGUAUGGAAAAUUAACUGUUGUGUACAGUAAAGUACUGUCUUAGCUUAUGUAUGAAUUAAAUGCAGCACAAAGCUAGUUUACAUAUUUUGGACUGUGACAGAUUAAACAGUGCCCGUGUUAUUACCUUUUACAAUUUACUUUCAGGGAGAGGUUUACGAGAGUUGAACAAUAAAAGGUUGAUACAGUAAUUUUAACCAAUGAGUUAUAUUGUAAAAUUCAGUUUUAAUUCACAUUGCUUCAGUUUAUGCCUCUGCAUAAUUUAUAUCUUUGAGGAUGAAAAUUUUACCGAACAAAUCGUGUGAUAAUAACAGUAUUGUCUUAAAAUCCUCUAAUACUAUGAAGAAAAAUAUUUGCCAGCCAUUUUUCCAUGUAAUUACAUGGUCUGCAAGUUACAAGUUUGCAGUUUGAGAUAAAAUAUAAGAAGUGCAUGUCAACUGUCAGUUUCUCAGUUGCAUGUGGACACUGUAGGAGUGUUCUAGCUCCAUGCAUAUUAACAGCUUUCAUUUAUCUAGAAAUGUUGGCAUCAAACAGAUGUAAAAGAUGUCUUAUAAUGAGGUGUCAUUUUAAAAAGAACCUACAUAAAUUGGUAUAUAACAUAAUUAUGUGUAAGACUUUUCAGUUACAGUAUUAACAUGUUCAUAUAUGUCUACAUUUCACAUAUGUUUCUGAGUAGAUGGGCAUGUCGUAUAGCGGUAUCGUCUAGCGGGUAUAUUUGACCCACAUGGAAUGGUGAAAAUUAUCUUUCAGGAAAUUUAGCUGUAAUAUUAAAGCAUCUUGUCACGAUAUUGAAUAUUUAUAUUUAUUCUAUGACCUGUCAUUGCAAACUUUUUUUAAUGUAUGUUACAUUGCAGUGUAAUAUAACAUUCACUUAUAAAAUUAUGUAUAGAAGUUUCGUAUAACAAGCAUCAUCGUCGACUACGACAUUCUCACAAACUGAAAUGCAUGACAAAAUCAGACGUCGUAUCAGAUCAGCCACACAUCUACAGGCUGCUUGUCCAACAUGUAAGUUGCUCAGUAGAGUUUGAAGAAUUAAAAAUUAACAUAUUUUCUGCGUCGUGAACAUGUUAAUCACUGAGCAAAAAAUAAUUGUACUUAAAAACUACUAUGGCCAAAAUAUAUAAUGGAAUGUUGCAUGUAUAAAUACAAAGCCUAAUUAUAUAUGCAACACCAAAUUUUCAUUUAUAACAGCAUUAGUCUUUUGUUAUAUUUUAAAAAUGACCUUUGUAUAAAUCUUUGUGAUUUUCCCUGUUGUUACAAUGAGAGAUUUAAGAAAACUUUGAAUAAUCUUUCCUUCUCUUGAGUGUAGUUACUGUUAUUUCUCUAGGAAAAAGGAAUUCGCAACAUAUUCUGAGUGAAAGUGUGGAAAUUAAUGGCAGAACAGAAGUAAAAAUGUUUUAAGAAGUACAAUUAACUUUUUUAAAUAAGAAAGUAAAUAGUGGCCAGAAUGUGUGUCAUCCUUCUUAUUAGAUAGUGACCAUCAUCGUCAUUGCUCUGGGAUUUUGUACAGUCUCCAUGGAUCUGUUACAACAGUACUAAAAGGUGCAACUCAAAAAAGUACUCAAGUACAUUUCGCUAUGGCUAAUUACCUUCAAAAUGUUCUGCCUUAAAGGCUUCAUAUUCUUACAAAGAAAUAUAACUUGUAAUUAUAUUCAAUAUUUAAAUUUCUGUAACCAUUUAUGCGCUAUUAUUUAAACUGUAAGAAAAUUUAUACUUUCAUAACAAUAGCUAUAUUAAAUUUACCUAAAUUUAUCAAAGGAGUUUGUUUGUAUUUUAAGUAAAGAGCACGUAACUUUGUUUCAAUAAAAUUUGUGUUAUUUAAAUUGGAACAAAUUUAAUUUAAUACUUAAUUGUAUUGUACUCAGAAGGAUACAAAAUAGUGAGACAAAUUAUUAUAUUUCAAAGUAUUUUACAUAAAUUUUUUGACAAAUUAAUUGUUUAAAAAGCCUUAUUAAACACUGCAUAUUGGUAGCCUAAGAGAACAGAUGUAAUCACCUUCGUAGUCGUACUUUUAACUAUUAUGAACUUGAUUUAUUUUCAGUAAUAUUUUCUCAGUUUCUAAUUGUAAUUUUUUGUAAUCAUUACUUGCAAAAUUAUAUACAUAUUUGUAUUUCUCCAUGCAAAUAAAUUAUCAACUAGAGUUCUGUACAAUGCAGUGAGAAUGUCUCGUAACUUUUACACUAAAUUACAAGUUUGUUUCACAUGAACCACAAUUUCAGUAAAUAUAAUAUGAAUUUAGUAUUGUUAAAGUUAAAGUUAAAGUUGAGUUUAACGCAGUCAGAAUCCAGUAAAGUGUUGAGUGAAGCCUUAUGUCAGGAUUGAGGUUAUGUUAACUUGCUGCCUUGUUGGGGCAUUCCUAUUUCUCAGGCAGUGGAGUAGAGGAAUUUUGGUAGAAUAAUAAUUUGCAUGGGAAAGUUGAACUACCCUGAGAAAAUUUUAUCUGAAUAUCAUCGUGCCCACAAAACCAACACGACUGCCCUUGGAGUAGCCCCAUGAAUUAGAAACGAAAGCUUAGUAUCUAACAGUCAGAGGUGCAGCACAUCUAAACUAUUAAAAGAUAAAAUGAAUUUAUAUAUAUUCAGUCUUCCAACUUGAAUUAUAGUUUAUAAACAUAUUUACCUAUUACAGAUACCCAAUUUAUACAAAAUUACUUUAGGUAAAAUAUUUAAUAAUUUUUAUGUUUAUCAAACUUGCAUACAUAAAAGAUAAAAUUGAGAAUUUUAUCAGAUUAAAUUUUCAAAUUAUAACACCAUUUCGAGUCUGUAUGAUUUUAAAAUAAAAAUGUGAUUACAUCGAUGAAAAUAUAUCGAUUAAUCGCAAUUUAAAAGAUAUUUUAAAUUUUAUUCCUGUGUUGUCUAGAAGAUUUAUGUUUUAAAAAAAAUAUUAUUUUUUUUUUUGAAAGCUGGUAGUGCCGAGUGUGUUACAUCCUACAGGUAGACGUACGAAUUCCCAGAAUCAACUUGACCUGUUUCUCUGCGACAAUCUUUCUUCAUUUUAAACAUUCAUGGUGCUGAGUCAGCUGUUGCAUUCACAUCAGCUGACUAUAAUAUUUACUGUAAGUUAAUGAUGAUAAUGGGUCACCAAGAAUGAUCACACAUGCUGUUUGUCAGUGUUAUUUAUGUAGAUGAUAUUAAAUAAUUUAAAAAUAAACACAGAGAUAGGGACUUGUUAAAUACUAUAUGAAAGUAUAAGAUACCAACCGUGAAAUCACCGCGUUUCCGUCGGUGAGAUACUUAUAUAAUGUCUGUAUGAUAUUAAUAUUUAUUACAUAUAUUAUUCAUGAGAAAAGAAGGGUAUGUAAAAUAAAGCCUGUUAUUUUAAUUGCAAUUAAUUCAAAGUUGCAUGAGAACACAAAAUACAAUUCGAAAAUAUUUCGAAUUAAGAACGCCUCUUUAAAACUGACUUUCUACUUGAAUGGAUGUUAAUAAAUAAACCAGUCUGUUGUAACAGAAGAUAUCACGUGGCCAUUAUCUUAUGAAUAAUCUGACUAUAAGGCUUCUUUAAUUAUAAUUAGGCUUCUUCUACUGUAGAUGUUUGUAGGUUAAAAUAUUCGCAAUUCUGAUUGCAUGAUAUAUAUAUACAUAUAUCUGUAAUGAUACUGUCUUUCAGGUUUCAACAUCCAAUUGCUCAUAGUGUUACCCUGUAAGAAAUUUUGAGAAAAGAUUGUUAUCAUAAAACAGUAAUAAAAAAUAUAUUACACUGUAAUUAUAAUGUAAAAUAACAACAAUAUUAUGAAAAUAUAUUAAUUAAAGCAUACCAGUCUACAUAGAGACACAUGUCACUUAA